UUGCCAGUAACACACUUCUAAAGCAUCAGUUCUUCUGCCUUCUUUUUUCAUUGUCCAGCUUUCACAUGCAUGUGAGGCGAUUGAAAAGACCAUAGCUGGGGUCAGUCGAACCUUAAUCAUCAAAGGAAAAUCUUUGCUCUUUAAAACUUUAUAGAAAUCUUUUGUAGCAGAUUUGCCCAGUACACUAGGUGGUUUGAUUUUUGACUGCUGCUUCGAUGGAUAUUGACUGUUGAUCUAAGUAGAAUAUCCUUGACAACUUCAAUUUUUUCUCCAUUUAUCAUGAUGUUGUUUUAUUCAUCCAGUUGUGAGGAUUUUUGUUUUCUUCAUGUUCAUUUGUAGUCCAUACUGAAGGCUGUGGUCUUUGACCUUCGUCACUAAGCGCUUCAAGUACUUGGAAAGCAAGUUGUGUCAUCUGCAUAUCUCAGGUUAUUAAUGAAGCUAAAUAUGUAUUCAUCAAAUUGAAUUGAAGUAUUAAUAUAAAUCUCUAAGGUUAUUCCUGCAAAGCAGUAUAAUGAUGAAGUCAAAAGUGUUACUUAACAGUCUGCUGAUUGCAUUUUCCUCAUUUAAUACAACUGGUUGGAAAACUUAACCUUGAAAAUUAUAUCACCACCGAAUGACUAAGAAUGUUGGUAAUUGUUAGGGAGGUAUUCUUGUCUUUUGAUUAAAUAAACCUAGAUUUGAAUCCAAGUCAUCGGGUGUGGCAACAUGGGAAAAUAUGCUUACUCUCUGUGCUUUGGGUUUUUUUUUCCUACUGUAAAAUGAAGAUAAUAAUAUGUACCUCAUAAAGUAGUUUUGUGGGUAAGUGAGCUAAUAGAUAGUGCUUGGCACAUAGUAACCUGUCUAUGAAUAUUAGUUCCCCUCUUUCAUUAAUCACAAAAGUAAUAAGGAUAUUCUUAAUUGCUUGGGAGGAAAUUCUAUUCUGCAAUCGGUAACAGUCCGCUCUCUAACUGAUUUUCUGUUGGAAAAAAUGUAAAACUUUAUUUCCAAGUAUCGUUAAAAUCAUUAAAGCUGGCAAGUACUUAUUGAACAACUACACCAAUAUUAUUAGUGGGAAAGUGAUGGCUGUGGUUACUAAGCCUCUGAAUAAAAUUUAUUCUCAACUCUUCAUUCAUUCUGAUGCCACUCGCUCCAGCCCAAAUAUUAAGUACUGUAAUCUUCUUUUCCCUUUAAAACAUCCUCCUAGAAUAUUUCCUCAGUUCUGCCUCCUUUUCCCAAUGCCACAUGCUUUACAGUCUCUUUCCUAGAUGACUUUUUUCUUUAAUAAUUUUUCAUAAAAUUUAUUUUAAAUGUUUAUUUAGGGAAAUUUGCUUUUCUUUUGGUCAAGAGUUUUAUUCUUGACCAGUCAGCUUUAAAAUGAAGCUUUUAUCAUCUUAAUUGUUCAGAUCUUUCUGCUUAUAAUGAAGCAGUUGAACCUUUAUUCAUGUCUGUCUUUGCAGAUGGUAACCAGAAGUGCCAGGUGAAUAGGAUCCUUCAAAGAAGGAUUGAGCAGGGUGAUAAGGUUUUGUUUGCCACCAUGGCCAUCACACAGUUCCGGUUAUUUAAAGUUUGUACCUGCCUAGCAACAGUAUUCUCAUUCCUAAAGAGAUUAAUAUGCAGAUCUGGCAGAGGACGGAAGUUAAGUGGUGACCAGAUAACUCUGCCAACUACGGUUGAUUAUUCAUCAGUUCCUAAGCAGACAGAUGUUGAAGAGUGGACUUCUUGGGAUGAAGAUGCACCCACAAGUGUAAAGAUUGAAGGAGGGAAUGGGAAUGUAUCAACACAACAGAAUGCUUUGGAACAACUGGAACCUGACUAUUUUAAGGACAUGACACCAACUAUAAGGAAAACUCAGAAAAUCGUUAUUAAGAAGAGAGAACCAUUAAAUUUUGGCAUCCCAGAUGAUAGCACAGGUUUCUCUAGUAGAUUAGCAGCUACACAAGAUAUGCCUUUCAUUCAUCAAUCUGUAAGUAUGUUAAUGGUAUUUAGGGAAGGCUUGUUUUUUUGUUUUUGUUUAAAGGAGGGGAGAAUCUAAAUGAAUUGACCAUAGUAUUUGUAUUUCUGUGAUCUUGAAACAGGUAUAGCAGUUUGAGAGAAAGGAACAUGGAGCUUUAACAGUGUAGUUUUUUUUAAUGAGAUUAUACAUUAUUCCAGUAUUAAGAUCAGAGUCUCAUUGAACACAUAAAAGAUAGAGACAAAAAUGUCAUUUAAAAAUCUGGACUUUAAAGAAAUUACCGCUAAAAUGGGAGACUUCACCUUAAUAGCAGGUUAUCUUUAAGUGAGUUACGGAUCGUUUCUCUGCUAGAGCAUAUUUACAUUUAAAGUGUGAUUUGACUUAAAAUGGGUUUGACUUAACAUGCAACAUUUUUAGGAUCAAGGUAGUGAGUAAAAUAGAUAACUGUGGUUAUUAAUCCUGAGAGCAUAUCAGAAUCAGCUUUGGAGCUUUUUAAAAACACAAAUGUUCAGACCCCAUCCCAGACUUAAUAAGUGGUGGUAGUGCUUAAGCAUGCUUUGAAUGAUUGUUUGUAUUUGUUAUCUAUUGUUGGGUAAUGACCUCAACUUAGUGCCUUAAGAUGACAAUAAACAUUGAUUAUGUCAUACAGAUUCUGUGGAUCAGGAAUCCAAAGGUGACUUUACUGGGUGGUUCUAGUUCUGGUUUCUUAUGAGUUUGCAGAUGAGUCAUUGACUGGCUUUGUAGUUAUUUGAAGGCUUGACUAGGACUGGAGGACUCACUUUAUAGGUGACUCACUUAUAAGCUGCCAAAUUAAUGCUGAUUGUUUGCAUGAAGCCUCCGUUCCUUGCUAUGGACCUCUUCAUAGGGCUGCUUGAGUUUCCUCAUAACAUAACAGCUGGUUUCCCCAGAGCCAGUGAUCCAAAAGAAAGUAUGUGGACAUGUUUUCAAACCACCACAUCUGUCUUUUGAUCUUUCUGUCUUAUUUGUUUGUGUAAACUGCACAGGUGCUUCUGAGACCCCCCUACCCUUGGGACCUAAGUUUAUAUAUGUUUUUAAUUCAUUGAGCAACACUUAUUCGCACUGUCAGGCCCCAUCCUAAGUGCUAGUAAUACAGUGAUGAGAAAAAACAAGCAGGGUUCCUGCCUCAGGAUACAUUCUACUGGGGGAGAUAUACUGUUAGAUAAAUGAUCCCACACAUGAACAUAUAGUUAUAAACUUUGAUAACUGCUGUGCAGGUUCACGAUGUUCUAAAAAUCCCAGGUGCUUUACCUGUGCAUCCUGUCUCCUGC